UUGCUCAACAGGUAUGGUUCAUGGGUUGUUUGUUUUACUUACGCUACAUGGUUUAGGGUCAAAGGGCUGGUGGUUGCUGGAAAGAACUACAGCAAUUGCUCAGGCGUUCGCAAAGCGUGCAACUUUUUGCUAUCGAAACAGGUUGAGUCUGGUGGGUGGGGAGAGAGCUAUUUGUCAUGCCAAGACAAGGUCUACUCAAAUCUUGAGGGAAAUAGGUCACAUUUGGUCAACACUGGAUGGGCUAUGAUGGCUCUCAUUGAUGCUGGACAGGCUGAGAGAGACGCAGAAGGUUAUUUUAUCUCAAGUGACCCAAAGGAUGAGGUUCACCAUGUUCCUCUUGGGCCUAGUGCUAUGAAAGUGGGGAUAGAUCUUGUGAGAAAGAAUGAUGCA